GAAAACACGUGGCACAAGACCUGCUGUACCGACUGCAGACGCAGUACGGGGUCCCUGGGCACGAGCCCCUCACGACGAUGCUGGAUUUUGCGCAGUUCAAGUUCCAGUGCUGCGGGAUGGACGGCCCGGGGGACUGGGAGGGAUCCGCCUGGAAGAAGGAGGGACUGGGGGGAUCGGGGAUGCAGGUGCCUUACACCUGCUGCGCCCACGACCCCACCCCCAUGGGAUACCUCAACCCCAUGCCCAAGAACGUCACCUUCUGCCAGAGCACGGACGCGGCCAAGUACUCGGUGUCCAGGUACCUCCAGGGUUGCUUGAUGAGGCUGGAGCGAUGGUUCCACGAGCACAGCUCAAUUUUCAUCGGGAUCGGGAUCGGCGUCGCCUUGGUCGAGGUGGUCGGGCUCUUCAUCGCCAUCUGUCUCUGUCGCACCAUCGUGGAGUGACGGCUAAAAGAAUUUUUUUUUUAAUCCGCUCAAUGCGGUACAACGACUUCUCUUCCUCUCUUAAGAUUUUUUUUUUAUUUCUUACGCCUUCGCGCCUCGGGAUGACUCAGUCGCCCCGAGUGGGCGACAAGAACCGGGAAAAAAAAAGUGGAAUGACGUCACUUGUUAUUAUUCACAGUGAAUAAACGGACAGGAAGAAAAAGUAAUCAUCCUCAA